AUGGGCGGCGCCGGAGGCUACGUGAUCCCGCUGUCGCAGGCAGUGUACUGCUCAAACCCCGACGCCGUCGAGUCUUGCCUCAAGCUGUGUGCAGCGCCCGACGUCGUCAGUAUCGGUGUGCGAUUAGGCUCGUACUUGCAGGCGCUCGCGUACUUUGCACUCGUGCUGUUUGCGCCGGACGAGGGAGGCGCAGAGUCCAUGUGGCUCGGCUUAUCCGUCUCCUUCUCCUUUCUGAUGGCUUGCUACGUCCAGCUCUUCCUCGGCACCAUCACUCUCCACCAUACCGUCGCCGUCAUCCUCCUCUCACAUCUUCCCUACAUCGCGACUCUCGCCGGCAUGAACUCCUUGACGACUUACGAGGUCCUCGGUCCAGCCGGCGUACUGUUCCUGCAGGGCGGCAUGAUCCUCAAGGGUCUCCUUACCGCCAUACUCUGGGGACUCUGCCUCUUCGCCUACUACGUCGGCCAACUCCCCUCCUGGACUUUCCUCCGCUUCCGCCAAGCCAACUGCUUCUCCUCCACCGCCAUCGUCGUAUGCUUCUACCCGGUCCGACCAAGCGACGGCCACAACGCCAAGGAGAUCCUCCUCCUCGCGUCGUACUCGCUCUUCUGGUUCCUCGUCCUCUGCAUCGGGUCUUAUUGGACGCUCAUCGCACCCGGUGUGCUGGUCAAGCGAGGUGGACACCUGCGCGACCCGCAUAUGAAGAAGAUCAAGGGGUUCCCGAUGAAGCCGCACAAGCGGGCAGUGGAGGCGGUCAGCGGUUCCGACGUGGAGUCGAGUGAUGACGCGAACAAGCGGAGGCAGCAUAUGAAGGAUGACCCGGACGACUACAAGCGGGAUGACUACGAUGACGGCAUGAACCUCAUGACGAUGCGCUCUGUCCCCAAGGGCCGGACAUCCUAUCCGCCGGCACCAGCGGACCCGUCGUCCUCCCUCGCCCGCACAACCUCGACAACUUACUCCCUCCCCUCCUAUCGCUCCCGCCACGACCCGCCCUCCAACUCCUCUCCCUCCGCUUCCGACUCAGACCCAGCCUCGUCCUCCUCCGACAAAGCGGCUCCACCACGACGCCCGUACUCGCCUCCUCCGGCGACAGAAGGGAUGACCGCCCUCUCGCCUUGGAGCAAAAGCUUGCGAGGGACAGCGCAGGAUGCGGCGACGAGGCUGAAGAAGAGGCAGGAGGCAAGCAAGCAUCACUUUAUCAUCUGGCCGCUCGUCGCGGUCCUGCUCGUUUUCACGAUCGCGACGACGGAAAUACAGAUGGUAGCGAACGAUGUCUUCCCAGGAGAGAUGCACCUCGACUUCCCCGGCGCCUUGACCUUCUUCCUCGCGCUCCCAACGCUCUGGGCAGUCGCCAAAGCCCUCAAACGAAUCCAAGAAGGCCGUCGCCCUACACCUCAAGAGCGCGAUGACAAGACGUUCUAUGAGUUGGCUGCUGCGAGGAGGAGAAGGAGGGAGGAGAAAGAGUGGAGGAAGAGGCAGGCGAGGAGGAGGAGGGAGGAGAGCGAGGGAGAGGGGUACGGGUAUCAGCAGGUCGAGAGGGCGCGUCGGCGAUAG